CAGGCUGGCGGCGCGCGGCUGUGGGUGUCAUGGCGGAGGUGAAGGUGAAGCCGGAGGCUCCUGAUCUCAUGGAGAUAGAGAGCAGGAUUAUUGAGCUGUGCCAUCAGUUCCCUCAUGGUAUCACAGACCAGGUGAUUCAAAAUGAUAUGCCUCAUAUGGAAGCCCAACAGCGAGCCAUGGCGAUCAACAGGCUGCUCUCCAUGGGGCAACUGGACCUUCUCAGGAGCAAUGCUGGUCUCCUUUAUAGAAUCAAAGAGUCUCAAAAUGCAAGUAAAAUGAAAGGCUCUGACAAUCAAGAGAAGCUGGUUUACCAAAUUAUAGAAGAUGCAGGCAACAAAGGUAUUUGGAGCAGAGACAUUAGAUACAAAAGUAAUUUGCCUUUAACAGAGAUCAACAAGAUACUGAAAAACUUGGAAAGCAAGAAGCUAAUUAAAGCAGUUAAAUCUGUGGCAGCAUCCAAGAAGAAGGUAUACAUGCUGUAUAACCUGCAGCCUGACCGCUCUGUGACUGGUGGGGCUUGGUACAGUGACCAAGACUUUGAGUCUGAAUUUGUGGAGGUAUUAAACCAACAGUGUUUCAAAUUCCUACAGAGUAAGGCAGAGGCAGCUCGAGACAGCAAACAGAAUCCCAUGAUACAGAGGAACAGCUCCUUUGCCUCCUCCCAUGAGGUGUGGAAAUACAUCUGUGAACUGGGGAUCAGCAAGGUAGAGCUGUCAAUGGAAGACAUCGAAACCAUCUUAAAUACUCUGAUCUACGACGGCAAGGUGGAGAUGACAAUCAUUGCUGCAAAGGAAGGGACAGUAGGCAGUGUGGAUGGGCAGAUGAAGCUGUACAGAGCUGUUAGUCCUCUCAUACAACCCACUGGAUUAGUCAGGACACCCUGCGGACUCUGCCCUGUUUUUGAUGAUUGCCAUGAAGGUGGUGAGAUUUCUCCAUCAAACUGUAUUUAUAUGACAGAGUGGCUGGAGUUUUAAAGUGGAAUAAAACUGUCAGCUGGAUUUAUGCCUCAGGACCAAGGUGACAAGCUUACUUUUGUGAACCUCUGCACUGGUGAGCAACUCUAGGAGGUGGAGUGACUUUGCAUUUAAUGCAGUGUUCUGUUUAUGAAGCAGCCAUCCAUCAGCUGUGUGAAAGGUCCUAUGAGUGGUCUGGAAACUUGAGUCAGUGCUGAAGAUCACAGCUGAAGUGGAAAUAUGGAUCUACUCUGGGACCAAGAAUGGGUUGUGUGAUCUGAGAAGUGCCACAGAAGAGCUGAGUGGUGAUGAUACAUCGCUUCCAAGGAUUGUUUGGAGCCCUCCCCAGAAGGAAAGGAAAGAAGUUCUUAGCUCAUAAGGAAAAUCUGCUAAUGAAUGGUUGCAAAGAAUAAGAUUCUAAACUCAGUUUUAGCAUUCUGAUGAAUUCUAAGGAUUCUCAACUUUGCUUCAGAAUCUCCUGGUGGGUGUUUUAAGUCCUAAAGCCAACACAUUUCUCCCCUGACAACUACCAUCUAAUUGAAGAUUAAGAUUCUGAUGUGGCCAAGAUCCCAAAUAUUUCAACCAGAACUCACUGAUUCUUUGUUCUCUUUCCUUACCAGCUAAUUUAUCAUUAAACUUUAGUACAAUUUAGAGAAUUCAGAAAAUAGAAAAAGCUAAGCCCCAAACAGCUUCACCCC